AUGAAGCUCGCCAUUGCUCUGUUUUUCCUUUUGUCAGCCGUGUGCACGAAUGCAUAUUUACUAUGUCAUGGUAAAAGUUGUAGAUAUGGCGUGAAUAGUGGCAAUCAUGGUGGAGGUAAAUUUGGAUAUAGUAGCGCAUAUAGAGUGCGCAGUGGCAGUAAUGGUGGCAAUCAUGGUAGUGGAUAUAGCAAUCAUGGUGUUGAUCAUGGUGGCAAUCAUGAAAGUGGAUAUGGCAAUCAUGGAAGUGGAUAUGGCAAUCAUGGUGUGAAUCAUGGUGGUAAUCAAGAUGUUGAGCAUGGUGGCAAUCAUGGUGCUGAUCAUGGUGGCAAUCAUGGCAGUGGAUAUGGCAAUCAUGAUGUUGAUCAUGGUAGCAAUCAUGGCAGUGGGUAUGGCAAUCAUGGUAGCAUUCAUGGUGACAAUCAUGGUAGUGGAUAUGGCAAUCAUGGUGUUGAUCAUGGUAGCAAUCAUGGCAGUGGAUAUGGCAAUCAUGGUGACAAUCAUGGUAGUGGAUAUGGCAAUCAUGGUGUUGAUCAUGGUGGCAAUCAUGGUAGUGGAUAUGGUAAUCAUGGUGUGGAUCAUGGUGGCAAUCAUCGUGUUGAUCAUGGUGGCAAUCACGGUAGCCUAUAUAACGUUGGAAAUCGUGGAGGAUAUGGCGUGCAUGGUGACGAACCUGUUGUUCAUAGUUGA